AUUUUGAUUUUACUUGUCAUUUCGUUUGCCAAAAAAGAAAGAAAACGUGAGCGUUCUAAUAUAUAUAUAUAGCGAUAUUCUAAUAACUUUUAAUAAAGAACGAUGUCUGGACGCGAAGGAGGAAAAAAGAAACCACUAAAAGCCCCUAAGAAAGACACCAAAGAUCUUGAUGAAGACGAUAUGGCCCACAAGCAAAAAAUGAAGGAACAACAAAAAGCUUUGCAAGAUGCCAAAGCCAAGGCGUCUCAAAAAGGUCCUCUUGUGGGUGGAGGUAUAAAAAAAUCAGGGAAAAAAUGAUAACACCUUUAAAAUUUGUAAAUGCUCUACAAAUAACCCUGUAACCACUGUUUUGUAAUUAUAACUUUUUAAUAAUAGA